AUUUUAAUACACAAAUGUCAGCCGCACGGAAAAUUUGAUUUGCAGGUAGAAACUAGAAAUUUGUGAAUUGAAUUGGCAUAGGUAUCGCGUGUGAGGUUAUAAACAUUUUCUCUGCUUGCUUAAAUAUUCCAGCAAUUAUAAAAUAGACAAAGAAAAAACAAUCAUCAAAUAUGUGGCCAAGAUUUGGAAUUAAAAUCGGCAACAGCACACUUUGCAUUGCCACCGUAAAAGCGGAUGGAAAUCCCGAAGUGAUAGCCAACAAGCAGGGUGACCGCGUCUCGCAAGCUUGCCUUCUUGCCGAAGGCAACGAAAUAGAGUGCGGCUUGACUGCCAAGCAGAAAAUGUCCUCGAAACCGGCCUCUUGUGUCUCAAACAGUUUGCAAUUUUUCCUUUCACAAUCAACCCUGACCCCGGAAAAAAUCAAGGACGCAUGUAAGUACAUCACUUGCUACUAUAACGACAGCACUAAGGAGUUUGAGUUGAAGUCAAAGGGUGAGGGAGACAAGGAAAUCGUAACGAAAAUAUCGCCGCACGCAGUAUGUGUGAAAUUCUUCCAAGCAGAGUUCGAGUUGGCGCGCCAAUCGUACUUGCAGGAAAUCCCGAAGCCGUCCGUGGUGCUCUCGAUACCAAACUACUACCCACUCGAAUCUUGGCCAAGCCUCGCUGCUGCAGCAGAAGAAGCUGGUUUCCAUGUGGCGCAGGUUGUCUCUGAGAUGACGGCUGCCGCUCUCGCAUACGGCAUCGGAGAGGCCCAAGCUGAUGACUCAGAGCGCAAGGUCGUUCUCUGUAUUAAGAGUGGCGGCAUCUACAGCCACUUCACCUUGUAUGAGGUCACUGGGGGACUGUAUACACUGAUAGAGGAAGUCGGUCCAUUCACAAUCGGAGGCAACCAAUAUACGGAGGCUUUGGUGGAGUUUGUCUGCCAGGAAUUCUUCAAAAAGUAUCGUCUGGAUCCAAAGGAGAGUCGCCGUUCAAUAGCCAAGAUAUACACAGCUGCGACCAACUCCAAGCACAUCCUCACCUCCUUGCCGACGACACAAAUAUACAUUGACUCUCUUAUGGAUGGCGUGGACUUCAGCAUGCAGAUGUCUCGUGCUCGCUUUGAGAGUCUCAUCCAGCCAGUCAUAAACAAAUUCAUGGCCGUCCUCAAUGAAGCCGUGGAGAAACUCUUUGCCGACAACCAGAACACGGUUACGAAAAUCGACGAGAUUGUUCUUCUCGGCGCUACCAUGAAGAUUCCCAAGAUCCAAUCGGCCAUCACUAGCCGCUUCCCCGAAGCAAAGAUCCACUCAAGUUAUGCAGCCGAUGAAGUUGUUGCCAUUGGAUGCGCUCGGCAGGCGACGUUCUUGCUCGAUGCUGAGGGACAAGAUUUAACUGACAAAGAAGUCUGUCUCUUCACUCCGAGCGAUUUGCACAUCUGGCACAAUGACGCCGAAGACAAAUUGAAAGUUUUCCUUAAGAAAGGUUCCCUUCUGCCAAGGGUUGUUGUUGUGGAAGUUGAGAAAUCAAAGAAGGAAGCCAACAACGAGGAAGGCGAACAAACAGAGAUUUUCCAUGUUAAAUGCGGGGAUACCAUAUUGGAUUUCAGUUUGAAAGCUGCUGCCACUCCCGAGGGACUUUUCAAAAUCGAAGCUAACGUAGACCUAAAUGAGGACGGUGUGACGAGUUCAAUAAAGCUUAAAUGUUUGUAAAUACGUUUCACAUAACUUUUUUUUGUUUAAGAUUUAAAUAAAUGUAUUUAAAAUUUAGUUGAUUAGAAAUUGAA